ACCGGUUCACAAGUUUGAUAGUAAUAAAAAAAUCAAUUCGAAAUUAGGGAAAGCUUCAGUUCAGUCGACUUCUCCGAUUGAGCAGUUUCAGUCGACAUCUUCGAUUUUCCAUUCUCUUCGAUGACAGUGAAGGCGGUGAGCAGGGGGUGACGGCAAGCCGGAUUCUGAAAGAGUUCGACGGCGAGUGCGACGCUGGGUAAAGGAAGAAGUAGGGUGUUGCAUCUCUUCGUCGAUUGUGAUUCGCGGAAAAGGGGAUUGAGCUCGUCGAUUGCAUAGACUGGGAUUUUGUCGACGGCAACGGAGGCAAUAGCCCCAUUUCCACCUUCGAAUUGUUUCUCCCUAGAAAGGUGGCUCUUAUUCUUCAAAGCUCUUCUUCUCCAGUCCAUCCAACCUUAGCCCAGUGCCCGCCAUCAUUAGCUUCAAGCUCACCCGCCUUGGCUUUACUGUGCUUGAAGGUUUUCACCGACGGCAACAGAGGCAAUAGGCCCAUUGCCAGUUUUAUUGUCGGAGGAGCUCGAUCGUUUGAGCCCCAUUGUCAGUUACCGCAGCCCCCUUGCAUCUCCGCCAUUGGUUGCUGUCGUCGUUACAGGUCGACCUAGGGUUUGUAUUCUGUUUUAUUUGCUUUCCUACUUAUUUGUUAGUCUCUGCGAAGUUUCUUCAGUUCGUCUGAGACCUUUUAACCUGCCCUGAAUCUGCCGGCUUUUGAUUGUAGUUCGCGAAAUAAGCAGAGGGGGAAAAACCAAAGUAGAAAGAGAUGUUCUUUCUGAGUCUGAUAGAGCACAAACUGCGUUUUCCACCUGCUGAUCUAUCGCUUCCUCUCCAUAAAGGCAUCAAGAAAUUUCUUGAUGGUAUCUUCUUGGAUAGGGUUAUCUUGAACUUGGGACGCUGUGUGUCCAUCUAUGACAUUAGAAAUAUAUAUGGCGGCUUCAUUCAUGCCGGAGAAGGUGCUCCAACCUACACUUAUCGCGUGGAUUCCUUGAUGAUAUCUAUGUGCCAGCUCAUCAGCUUCCCCAACCAUGCCAUCAAAUUCCAGAUCCUGAUCGCAGAUUUAAAGUCAGAUGGAUAUGGGAAUACGACAUCGAAGAUACAUGAAACCCAGAACAGUAUAACAUCGACGGCUUGGAUUGCAUUAUUAGCACCACAAACUUACUAGGAAAUCUAUAUGCAAGUUUACAUUGUCUUUACCAUACUGCUCCCCUCACUGUCCUGUUAGGUGGUUCCGAGUUCUGAAUGUGAGCUUCCCACCACUUCCAAUUGAGCAUCGAGAGAAGCCUUUUGCUCUGAUGCUUGUUACUGGAUCCAUAUCUGAAUGUGGUUUGGGGCCGGUUUCAUGGUGGUGAUAGAAAAGGGUUCAGAACUUGAAGAAACUAAGGAUUUUUUGCAAUGACAUUAUCAUAAAAGCACUGGGGAAUUCAGCUUUGAGGGAGGACAAUAGAAGUGUUAGAGAGUAUAAUGUUUUUGGGACUUUAGAGUAUGGUCCAGAGUCGUUUGUAUCUAGGUUGCCUUUGCAGGAAGAUUGGAUGGCCUAGCCUAAUGUCAUCGGAAUGUUCCAAGUAGAAACUGCAUAAAAAACUUAGAGAAUGCUAGCUCUAUUCCUACUUAAGUCAUGACAUGUUGUUACAAUUUGUAAGCAAUCUAUGCUAUGAAACAGCCACAUUUUACGGGUAUGAGAUUUUCAACUCCAAGCCCGUGAUAAUGACUAGGAUUUAGCGAGUAACAUGUACAAAAAAUUUACUUCAAGUUAAUUUUAAUAUUUACGAAUUUUAUGUGAUGGUCA